CCUAAACUGCGCCUGCAACUACUGCGUGCCAGGAAUUGUGUUUACGGUUGUGCCUUGACUUGUGAUGGCGUCGUCAACUGUUUCGGAAUUUAAACUUAAGAUGAUUAAUAUGAAAAAUCAAAUCGAAAAUCUGAAAAAGGAAAUUGCUGACAAAGAGAUUAUCUUAUCUAAGGAGAAAGACGCAUGUGCUAAGGCUGAGGCCGAGGUCGCUUCGUAUCAGAAACGGAUUCGACAGCUGGAGGAUGAAUUGGAAUCUACCGAAACCCGUCUCACAGAGGCGACCGCUAAACUUGAAGAGGCUAGCAAGGCGGCUGACGAAAGCGAUCGCAUUCGACGAACGUUGGAGACGCGCCAGACAAUGGAAGAUGACCGCAUUGUCCGGUUGACAACUCUUUUGCAACGUUCCACGAAAGAGGCCAGUGACGCGAAGGCUCGGUUUGAAGAGGCUGCUCGUAAGCUGACCAUCACUGAAGUGGAACUCGAACGGGCUGAAUCACGUUUGGAAGCCGCCGAAAGCAAAAUCACCGAAUUGGAGGAGGAGCUCCGCAUCGUCGGCAACAAUGUGAAGUCUUUGGAAAUUUCCGAACAGGAGGCAAGCCAGCAACGACAGUUGUACGAAUCUCGUCUGGCGUCGUUAAAGAAGCAAUUGGCUGAGGCUGAGCGGCGCGCCACUGAAGCAAGCCAGUUGGAACAAAACAAACAGAACGAGCUGUGCAAACUCGAAGAGGUUCUGGAGGCCGAGCAGCUCAACCACGCCAAUCUCCGCAAAGAAAUGGAGAACAUGUUACAAGAAGUGGGCAAUAUGUGAGAUGCUCACCGAUCCUGGUCGCUUCCUUCGCACCACGCCCCUCAGUCGUCCGAUCGCAUUGGACGCAGCCGAUCUGACACAUUACGGACGCCUACGGCCUUUUUGCCUCUGACCACUUUGAACCCGUUUCAGGAUUUAACACUACGUUUUUGCACGCCUCUGUGAUGCUUCCUUUUUUGUAUGGGAGUGCACAUCUCUCUAACUGCGCUCUUUCCCGCUUGCUUGUCUUCCUCCUACUUCACUGUUUCGUGAUACAUUAUGAACUCUUGUCUUUUCCCCAAUGGAGAGUAUGCCGUACCCUAUGUGUUGCUAUGCAUUUGUUUCUCAUAGUUUAUCUCAUAGUUUCAUUUUAUCCAUCAGCUUGCACUCAUCAAAUAAUCAUGCUUUGCUCGAACUUAUUGCUUCGCUAUUUUUUCGACAAAAACCUUGCCAACUUGUCCUGACGCACGCGCCGUUGCCGUAUCUCUCUCUCUCUCUCUCUGCGUUUUCAUUCCGUUUAUGCAAUCGUGUUGCACUGCGUUCCACGGAAAUUCCUCCCCUUCUGCAUGUUCAGCAUCCCAGUUGCACGUACGCGUUGGCAAGUUUUUUUUAGGGCCGCAUACGACCCGAUGGGCCAGAAUAUAUCUGUGUCCACUUUUGUGCUCCGAUCAAUCACUAUCCUCUUUCCUUUUGUUGCGUAUGAGUGGUCCUUUACAGUCCCUCUGACUGCAAUAAGCGAAGCUUCAGCUAACUUGCCCAUUCAUUCAAAUCGUUUACCCGCUCAGCUGGGUGAAUUUACUGUUUUUCUCCGAAUAAUGUUACCGCGUCCAAUGAAAAAGCACCUGACAUUCAGCCUAUUUG